AUGCACUCAAAACUCUCUCUCUCUCUCUCUCUCUCUCUCUCUCUCUCUUUCUCCUUCGAUGUCCUCUUAAUGUUUACGCUCCCGUUAACUGUGCAGUAUUUGAAAAACAUGGCAGCACCCUCCGUUACAAAGAACAGGAAAUUAUUUAUUGGGGUUAAGAACAGUCUGUCUGUCUGUCUCUCUGUCUGUCUGUCUGUCUCUCUCUCUCUCUCUCUCUUUCCCUCUACCUGUCUAUCUGUCGGCCACUCUCUCUCUCUCUCUCUUUCUCACUUCCUGUCGAUCUGUCUGCCUUUCUCUCUCACUCGCUCUUACACUCAUUCUCACUUCCUGUCUGUCUGCCUCACUUUCUCUUUCUCACUUUCUGUCUGUCUGCCUUCCUCUCUCUUCUCUCUUCCUGUCUAUCUAUCCGCCUAUCUCUCUUUUUAUCACUUCCUGUCUAUCUGUCUGCAUCUCUCCCUCUCUUUCUCUCUCUCUCUCUCUCUCUCUCUCCCUCUCAUUCUCUCUCUUCAAAUUGUUGAUCACGCUAGAUAA